AUGUCUAACCCAACUUUCCAAGUAUGGGUGCGUCAAUUUUAUAUGUCAAAUGAGGUGCGUCAAUUGAAUUUCAAAAUUGCGCGGGAAAUGUUUAUUAUCAGUCACUGGACAUGUUACGCUGUACAAUCAAAUAAACCUCUUGCAAUAAUGAUUUAUCUUAAAAAUAUUGAUAAAUGUAAUGGUAAAACAGUAUCACAAGCUAUUCAAAAAAUACUUGAAAAUGCUUAUAUUGAUACUAAAAUAUGUUCAGUAUGGUUAAUAGACAAUACAGCUUAUAUGUCAG